AUGUCCGUCAUUACCGGCAAUGGGCCCACAAAUUGGGGCUCCAAGUCUGCCUCCAGACUCUUCGCGGCGCCGGUUUGGAAGCGCUACGCGGCGGCCUGCCUGGCUGGACGCGUCCACUCCCGAUCGCGGCAGGUCACCAACAAUCUUUCCUCAGUGCGACACCAGCAGGUCCCAAAUCUCUCCAGUCGCAGGCCCAGGCUCGGGACGCUGAGGCCGUGGCACAGCUGUGCCCGAUCAGCUGUGUGCCAGAUGGCGACUGCAACAGAUGGCACAGCUGUGGCCGCCAAAGCCACAGACAAGAAACUGGCCGACUUGCGGCAGCAGAUGGCAAGCGUCUCUGGCGUUGAUGCCAUCGUGGUGCCCACAACAGAUCCAAACUUGAUGGAGUAUGUGCCAGAUUACUGGAAGCGCAGGGCCUUCAUCUCAGGCUUCACAGGCUCUGCCGGCACUGCUGUAAUAACAACCUCUGAGGCAGCCCUGUGGACAGAUGGGCGGUACUUCCUGCAGGCAGAGAGGGAGCUGGGUCCUGAGUGGACACUCAUGAGAAUGGGCAUGAAGGAUUGCCCAGAUAUCCUGGAAUGGCUGUGCAAAGUGGUGCCAGAAGGUGGCCGUGUGGGAGUGGACCCAUUCUGUCAUAAUGACACAGAAAUCCGGAGCUGGCAGAGAGGCCUGGAGAAUGCUGGCCGUGAGCUUGUGCUCCUUGAUGCGAGCCCCGUGGACGCCGUGUGGGGUGCACAGAGACCCUCACCCCCCAAAGGGCCCCUGCGUGUCCACCCAGUGGAGCUCGCAGGAGAGUCAACAGAAUCCAAGCUGUCCAGGAUUCGGGAGGCCAUGACCCAGAAGGGCGCCACCGCCCUUGUGACCGCUGAUGUCUCAGAGGUCGCCUGGAUAUUGAACCUGAGGGGACAGGACGAAUUGUACAGCCCCAUUUUCAUCUCUUAUUUGAUUGUGACACUGGACAAGGCCGUGCUGUAUGUGGACACUGACAAGGUGACAGAGGACGUGAGGGGCCACCUGGAUGGCUGUGGCUGUGAGGUGUUGGCCUUGGAGGCCAUCUUGGAUGGUAUUCGGGAGCACACUUCAGCAGCAACUAAAAUAUGGAUGAGUGCUGACCAGGUGAACUGCGCCAUCUUCAAUGCUGCAAGGCAAGCCUGCCGUGAGGAAACGGCCGACAAGAUAAUAGAUGAUGAAACGCCCAUCAAACUGUUCAUGGCUGUCAAGAAUGAGGUGGAGAUCGCUGGGAUGAAGGAGGCCCACCUGCGGGAUGCUGUUGCCAUCAUAGAAUUUCUGUCGUGGUUUGAAAAACAGGUUGGUUCAGGUGCGUCUUUCACUGAGGUGGAGGUUGACAAGGAGCUGACAGACCGACGAAAAGUACAGGAUGGAUUUGUGGGCCUUAGCUUCCCGACCAUUGCGGGGGCGGGCCCCAAUGGUGCUGUGAUCCAUUACCAGGCUGAGGAGCAGUCUUGCAGGACUGUAGACAAGGAUACACUCCUGCUCAUUGACUCUGGUGCCCAGUACGACCGUGGGACAACAGACGUUACUCGCACAUUCCAUCUUGGAGAGCCCACCUCCUAUCAGAAGGAGUGCUUCACCCGAGUACUGCAGGGACACAUCCAGAUGGACGCAGCACGCUUUCCUGAAAACACCCCGGGGAUCGCCAUCGACGGCUUUGCAAGGAUGUAUCUGUGGCAGAUGGGUCUGGACUACCUGCACGGCACUGGACAUGGUGUUGGGGCACACUUGUGCGUGCAUGAAGGUCCCAUGCAAAUAUCGUUCCGCCACCAUUUGAAGUCCACACGCAACCCCCUGAAGGCCAACAUGAUCGUGAGCAAUGAGCCAGGCUACUACGAAGACGGCAACUUUGGCAUACGCAUUGAGAACCUGGCGGUCAUCAAGGAAGCGAAAACGGAGCACAACUUUAGGGGCACCCGAUUCUUGGAAUUCGAACCCAUCACAUAUGUGCCCAUUCAGAAGAAGAUGAUCGCAAAGGAGUUGCUUUCCAAGCAGCAGGUGGACUGGGUGAACAACUAUCAUGCUCAGGUCUGGGACAAGGUGUCUUCUCGCCCGUCUCUCUCGCCUGAUGCAAAGGAGUGGCUGCGUGAAAGUGUGACCCCACUAUAG